AUGAAACAGAGACUGCUUCGGAAGCUGGACAUUAAGCCGCACCAGUCGCCGCGACGCUCGGCGAUGCAGCAGCAACAGCAACAGACCUUUCGUAGCCAGGAUGGCCCGGCCUCACCGUUGAUGCUGGGCGGAAAGCCUGCUCCAGAGAUCAGCAAGGACGUGCCAGAGGUGCAGCUUGAUUCGCAGCAGUCGCGGCGUGCCACCGCGACGAAGACUACUCGUGCUAGGACUGCUCCAGCGAAGAAGACACGGCCAGCGCCGGUGAAGCGACGGAAGACGGGUGAGACCACCGAACCGGACGACGACCAUGAUGAAGACGUGAACCCGGAUGAUCUUGACCUGCCGGAGGAUGAGAUGAACGUUUAUGUGCCAGCACGUGAGCGAGCUACAAUGUGGGCUAGAUCACUUCUGCGCAAGGAUGAGGAUGAGAAUAAGGAGGGUGACAAAGAGGAAGAGACUUCUCAGGCGCUGGUCGUGCGUGAAAAGAAGAACCCGGUCCGCAGGAAGCGCAGCAACUCGAACGCGUCCUCGACCUCUUCAGUUAUUACGGGCAUCGGAGCUGGUUUGAUCCCUCGCAGCAAGAUGGAGGAGUUGCUCAAGAAGGAGCCAUCGCAGAUGACUAUGGGAGAGUUGGCGCUCACCGUGCCCAAGGGCAGGCGUAUGAAGCGCCACGAACGCGAGGAAGCUGCCGCGGACACGCCACUACUGUCGAAUUCGGAAGCGUCGUCGAGCCUGCUGAACGUGAAUGCGCUCAACCGCGUUCGCUCGCUGUCAGUGUCAUCGGAGUCGGCUGCGUUUGCUGGAUCCCUUGUGACGCCGCAGGUUCAGAUUGUGGAUGGACAGAUGGUCGUCAUGGAGAACACAAUCAAGUUGGGUGACGAGCUGCAGCGCACGGCGGAUGCUCUGGGCGAAGGCAGCGUCGGUGGGGAGCACAUGGGUCUGCCGCCUCGACACUCGGGUUCUCGGUACAAUUCUUCACACCCGAACGGCCCGGGCAAGCGCUGGAGCAAGGAGGAGACAAAGCAGUUCUACUACUGCCUCAGCCAGGUGGGUCCGAACUUCUCGAUGAUGGCGACGCUGUUCCCGACGCGGAAACGCAAGGAGCUCAAGAGCAAGUUCAAGUACGAGGAGAAGAACCACUCAAAGCUCAUCGAGAUCGCGCUGCGGGCGUCGACGGCCCCGCUGGACACGGAGAUGGUGGACGUCAUUUCACAGAUGGUCGACAAGGAGGCGCAGCGGAAGCUGGAGAAGCAGAAGAAGAAGCGGAAGCCCAGAUCGCAGCUGGAUCUACUGCGCCCCGGACAGGACGACGACACAGCUUCGGUGGCCAGCUCGAUGGUCUCUUCGCCCAUGUCGACGCCCGUGCAGACGGAGGAGUUCGUGGAGACGCUGAACGACGAGGACCUAUUCCCACCCAGCAGACGCAACUCGUUCGACUUCAGCAACUAA